AUGAACAGGUAUCAUCUCGUAGCUCACCUUGUAACCGUGUCUAUUCUCAAUGACGAGCGGGAGAUUGAGAUAGGCGCGCCAACCGGCGUGAGCCACGUGACGCACGUCACCUUCGACCGCUUCCAGGGCUUCCUCGGCCUCCCGGAUGACUUUCACGGCGAGCUGCCGGCACGAGCUCCCAGCGCCAGGGCUUCCUCGGCCUCCAGGACGACUUUCACGGCGAGCUGCCUGCUCGAGCCCCCGGUGCAAGGUGCAUAUCAAGUUGCUGUAGGUGUUGAUGGUGCACCUCUCCUCACACCUUUGCACCUCCUCCCUCUUCCCCCACCCCAACUCCACCCCCCUCCCAACGCACUCCCCCGCUGCCCGGUCAGUCGGAGUGUGUUUGGGGUGUGGCCGGAGACGCUGCAUCGGACUGUCUUUGGGGUGCGACCGGAGACACUGCAGUGUUCGCACGACUUGGAGGGCAACCAGGUGCCGGACAUUCUGCUGCAGCUGCAGGCGAUGCUCUACGGCAAGAACGGACUGCAGGUCAACCUGGGUCUGGUGCCGCGCAACAUCGACGUGCAUGCCAUCGCAGGCCUCAUCAAGGUACGCCCCUCUCUCCCUCCCCUCUCCUCCCCUCCCCUUCUCUCCGUCAUCUUUUUCCUUUCCCCUCUUCUCCCUCACUCCCUUGCCUCCCCUCCUCUCCCUCCUCUCCUUCCGCUCCCCUCUUUUCCCUCUUCCCCAUCUUCCCCUUCCUCUCCCCCUUCUCCCGCUUCUCCCACCCAUCUUUCCCUCCCAUCUUUCCCUCCUCUCCCUCUUCUCUCUCCUCUCUCCCCUCUUCCGUCCCCUCCCUACCUCCUCCCCUCCUUUCCCUCCGCAUUGCUGUGCCUCUCCGUUACCCCCAUCCGCAUCCUUAUCUCCAUGCCCACCCCCAGGGCGUGGUUCCGCGAGUUACCAGAGGGCCUACUGGACCGCUUGAAGCCAGAGAAGGUAGCGGCAGCAGAGAGGGAGGAGCAGAUGCUGGCGCUCGUGGCCACACUGCCCGCCCUGCCUGACCUGUACCCCCACCCCCGCACCGCACCCUCCCACUCAAUGCAGGCGUGGUUUAGGGAGUUACCAGAGGGUCUACUGGACCGCUUGAAGCCAGAGAAGGUGGCAGCAGCGGAGAGGGAGGAGCAGAUGCUGGCGCUCGUGGCCACACUGCCCGCCCUGCAGGCUGGCAUGCUGGACUGGGCGGUGGGGCUGAUGGCGGACGUGGUGCAGCACGAGGCGAGCAACAAGAUGAACGCGCAUAACAUCGCUGUGGUGUUCGCUCCAAAUAUGACGCAGAUUGUGGACCCGCUAAUCGGCUUCCAGCAUGUCAUCAAGCUCAUGGACCUGCUCAGAGUGCUCGUGCAACGCAAGCUCAAGCAGCGCCUCGACAACCCCCCUCUGUCCGCCGCUCCUCUCACGGACCAACCAGCACAGGACGGGGCAGAGAGGGGGGAGAGGGAGGAGGAAGGGGAGGAGGAGGAGGAGGAGGAGGGACAGGAGCGGCACGGUUCAGGCAGAUAUGGUGGCUUUCUCGGGAAUGGUGUGCAUGAAGAGAGCACAGGUCAUGAGGAGGAAAGGGAGGAAGAUGAUGAGAGGGGGGGAGAGCCGUUAUUGGAUGAGUGCACAGCACCUCUGGCAGGAGAUGACCCUCACACGCCCAUUGCCAGACCUCUUGUUCCCGAACCUCUCCUUGCCGAGCCUCUCAUUCCCGGACCUCAUGGCGAGCGUCCGAGUGAGGAGGUACAGGGGUCAACUUGGAUCGUUGAUAAUAGGCUUGAGGGGGACAGUGCAUGUGAUCGGCAAGAGGGGAGCAGCGGCAGCGAGGGGGAGGCAGUGGUGUGUCAUGGGUGGGACAUGAUGCCAGCUGUAACGGGCAAUUCGCUUCCGGUUUCGACCAGUGCUGGCGAUUCUGCACACCAACGGCAGCAGCAGCAGCAGCAGCCGUUUAAGCCGGCGUGGAAGCAGCGCGGUGCAGAGCGGUGCAGCACAUUGAGCAUGGAGUGCGGGCUGAGCAUGGAUGGCAGCAGCAUGUUCAGUCCACACGGGGGCAUGCUGAGUCCGUGUGAGAGCAUAGACAGCCCGGGGGGGGUCCUUGCCACGCCCGUGGGUCUCACAGGGGCAGCUGCAGCUGCUGCUGCUUCUGACCCUGCCUUGUUCCUGAGGUUCCGCAGCGAUUCGCGGGAACAGCAGCAGGGGCUUCUCACUCAGGCGCCUCAGCAGGCGAUCCUGCCUGCUGCGCCCCCCGUUGGAGGGACUGUUGGCCUCUACGCACGGGCGCAUGCAGCUGCUGCUGCUGCUGCUGCUGCUGCUGCUUCUUCCCCUGCUUCCUCCCCUGCUGCUGCGCUUGGGUUGGCAUCCUCCUCAGCAGCAGGCAGUGCAGCCUCCUCUCCCACGGUAGCAAGCCCUGCACUGAGCCCUGCGGCCUUCUCUCCCACUACCGGCACCCCCAGCUCGGCAGGAGAGAGGCGGCACGGGGGGCACAAGGGAGGGUUCAAGGGCGACCUGUGGUCCAGACGAAAAGGGCCUGCAGUGCCCCACUCCCGCCUCUCCCUCCCUGCUGCCUCCUCCCCCUCUGCUGCUGCUGCUGCUGCUGCUGCUGCUUGUGCCAACAAUGGUGCUUACCCGGCUAAUGCCAGUGCCUCUCGCACUGCCAGCAACAGCAGUGCUGGCAGCGAUGCUGCUGCUAGAGCUGCCACCAGCAGCAGCGGUGACCUGACCCCCACCCCUCCCGCCAGCACUGGUGGCUUCACACCCACCCAUCCCCUCACACCCACGCCUCCCUUAACUCCCACGCCUCCCUCCCGUCCGCUCAAGGACCCCUCCGCCCACUCCCCAUCCCCCCUUCGCUCCCCUCUGCUGGGACGGAGACGAGGGUACAAAGAGAAGAAGCACUCUCCGGGUAGCAAGCAGCAGCAGCAGCAGCAGCAGCAGCACGCAGUGCUGGCGUCGGCACCAUCAGCUGGGGCAGCAGGUGAGUGUGCCCCAGCGCUGACCCCCCGGUCAGGGUUUGGUGCUGUGCCCCCAGGCACGCCCCCUUCAGAGGCCGCUCAGAACCCUGCUGUGACUCCUCGCUCGUUCCUCUCCCGGCAGUUCCCAGGAGGGUCGGGCUUUGGUGCGGUCCCAGGCACGCCUCCCCCUCACUCGCCCCGCCUAUUCCCCCUGUCGCCGCGGAACUUCUUUAGAAAGCACAAGUCGGAGGGGGGCGUGGAGAGGAGAGACGGGGUAGAGCGGGACGAGGGGAGAGAAGGUGGAGAAGGGAGAGAAGCGAGAGAAGGGAGAGAAGGGGGAGAGGGGCAUGAGCAUCACUUGCAACACUCUAGGCUGAUGGUGGUGGGUGAAAGUUCAGACAACCACGUGGGGGAAUCAGGAGGCAUUCCAGGUUCAGAGCACACUGAAGCAGGGGCGUUUCCAGAGACAGGUGGUGGGGUUGGUGGAGACAGGGAGGGAGGGGUUUGUGCUGUUUCUCAAGUCAGUUCUGUUCCUCAAGUCGGUUCUGUUCCUCAAGUCGGUUCUGAUUCUCAAGUCGGUUCUGUUCCUCAAGUCGGUUCUGUUCCCCAAGCUGGUUCUGCCCCUCGGUUGCCAAUUACCUGGUCUGACACGCAGUGUGCUUUUGAGAGCUCUCCACACCAAUCUCCCCUGGGGUAUGAGCAGCAGCAUCAGGUGCAGUGGGGUGACAGCAGCACGGGAAAUGUGGGAGAGCAUGCGGGGGAAGCGGGGGGGACAAGAGGAACAGGAUGGGCGGCAGUAGAAGCAGCAGCGGCAACAGCAACUGGAGGGCGGCCAAAGUCGAGUGGGGGUUGGAGAAGAGGGUGGUCUGGGCCUCAUGGGGUGGCAGGGGUGGGCAUGGGCGAUAUGUUUGGGGCCAAGUCCCCCCGCGCUCUCCUCUCCCCGCACUCUCUCCUCUCCCCCCGCGGCUUCCUUUCCCCUGGUGGUUUCCGCUCCCCCCACCCGUCCGGACACGGAGAGAGGGCGGAUGGGGGAAACAGGGGGGGUGAGGGGGACAGGGCAUAUGGGGAAGGCAGUGUGAAAACGCCAGGAAGGGGAGAGGGGGCAGGCAGGGGAGAGGGGGCAGGCAGGGGAGAGGGGGCAGGCAGGGGAGAGGGGGCAGGCAGGGGAGAGGGGGCAGGCAGGGGAGAGGGGGCAGGCAUGGCGGAUUUCUUACCCAGCGAAGAGGAGAAAGGAGGGAGAGAGGAGGGAAGAGAGGAGGACGGGGAGGAGCGGCGAUUCCCAGCCGAACAGGCGUCUCUCGACUUGCCUGUCAAAUCACCAAGGGCAUUUCGGAAACUAACCCGGAGGUCGAGUGGGUUUCAGCUGCCGACGCGGGCAGCAGUAGCAGCAGCCAUGACCCUCCCCUCGUCCCUCUCCAUGAAAGAGCGGCGCUCCGAAUCAUCAGCAGCACCAGCCAUUUUCUCCCUCCCUCCCUCUGCUUCUCUCUCCUCUGCCUCCCCUUCCUCGGCAAAGCCUCCGUGGGGCUCCGGGUCGAUGCAGGAACGGCCUCUGCACCUGCAGCAGCAGCAGCAGCAGCGCCUGGCGCAGGCUCGGCAGCAGGAGGUUCGGCAGCCGGAGGCUCGGCAACUGGAGGCUCGGCAACUGGAGGCUCAGCAGUCGGGCGUCUCCCAGGCUCCGCUGGAGGGUCGGUUGCGGCAGGUCCGGAAGGGGAAGGUGCAGCUUCCUCGGGCUAUUUCAGCGGAUCAGUAUCAGCAACACGAUGGGAGGGAGUUCUUCCAGGAACAGCUAUCGCUGCAGCAACAGCACCUUCAGCAGCAGCAGCAGCAGCAGCAGCAGCAGCAGCAGCAGCAGCAGCAGCGAGCUCCUCUAGAGAAGGCAAGCAGUGCGAGUGCAGCUCUGGCAGCGUGGGCCAAGCGGUCAAAGCAAGGGGGGCAGAGGCAGGGGCAGGCACGCAGAGAGGGGCAGAGCUUGGGGGAAACUCUGGAGCAGGAGGAGGAGGGGAAGGAGCAGGAGGAGGAGGGGAAGGAGGAGGAGGAGGAGGAGGAGGAGGAGGAGGAGGAGGAGGAGGAGGAGGAGGAGGAGGAGGAGGAGGAGGAGGAGGAGGAGGAGGAGGAGGAGGAGGAGGAGGAGGAGGAGGGGUGGGGAAGGUGA